UCAAAUGAUACAUUGAAUGUAUUGCAGGGAAUGGUUUCAAUGAACUCAUUGAGGCAAGGUGUAGCUGUUAUUUAUCUCAGGUGUUUAUUAUCAUUGAGGAAUAAAGAAAUCGGCAUUGAAAAGGAUAAAUGCACAGAGGAAAGAAAUACUGAUAAUAAUCUUG